UACUCACAUGGUGUAUUAUUAACUAAGACAUUUCUGUAGCCUCUGUUAGCUUUAGUCUUCCACCAGCAGUUGAUAACAAUGCGGCAAAUCAGAGAUUCUCUGGUUUUGCAGAUUUUAAUCCUCACCGUAGUCCAAUUUUGCCGGUCUGAGAAUGUGUUCCUUGCAGAAGAGGAUGCAUUCUCCAUGUUGAAAAGAACUCGACGAGCCAACAGUUUUUUUGAAGAGACAAGGUCAGGAAAUUUGGAAAGAGAAUGUAUUUUUGAAUAUUGUGACUAUGAGGAAGCUCGUGAAGUGUUUGAGGAUGAUCAGCAAACAGUUGAGUUUUGGGGACGUUAUAAUGCUUGUACUAAAGAGAAAGCAGACAGUACCCCUCCACCAUACCUGAGAGAUUGUCUGAAUGGACAGUGCUAUGAAGAAGGUGGCCCAAGUUACAAGGGCAAUAUUUCAAUGACAAUUUCUGGGAGGCAGUGUCAGAGCUGGUCAAGGAACUUCCCACACAAAGCAGAGUAUAACCCAGUGACAUACAACACCUCGGACCUUAUUAGUAACUACUGCCGGAAUCCAAAUAACAGCCAGAGUGGACCAUGGUGCUACACUAAGGACCCAAAAGUGAAAAUGGAACUGUGCUAUAUUCCUCGCUGUGGUGAACCAUUGAAACCGUUGCCAACUCUGCCCCCAGAAGAAAAGCCAGCUACUGAUUGUGUUCCAAAUCAAGGAAGAGACUACACAGGAACGUUGAACAAAACCUUAAGUGGAAGAUAUUGCCAGGCUUGGAGCUCACAAUCUCCUCACAAGCACAAUUAUACCAAACAAAACUAUCCCACAGCAGGUUUGGAAGCAAACUAUUGCAGGAAUCCAGAUGAUGACGACGAAGGUGUAUGGUGUUAUACUACUGACCGGAACAAAGAAACGGAGUACUGUAAACUUAACUACUGUGACGAUCACGAGAAUCCAUUUGCACCUCCAACGUUGGAAGAACUAGAGGCCCAGAGUACAUUCGCUGGUCGAACAACUAAGACUGAGUACGUGACCUCAUUCAAUCCAGAAUAUUUUGGUAACGGAGAAAGUGAAUGUGGACUGAGACGAUUGUUUGAGCUCCAAAAUAAAGGAGAUGCUACUGAAAUGGAAUUGGUGCAAUCCCUGACAGGUCGGAUUGUGAAAGGAGAAGAAGCUGAGAUAGGAAGCGCUCCAUGGCAAGUGAUGCUAUUCCAAAUACAUCCCCAGCAACUGAUCUGUGGUGGAAGCAUAUUAAGCGACCGGUGGAUUAUUACUGCAGCUCACUGUAUUCUCUAUCCCCCGUGGAACAAGAACUUCUCAGCAACAGAUAUUGUUGCCCGUCUUGGAAAACAUGUUCGAGCACAGUAUGAGCAUAGCAGAGAGAAGAUCGUUAAGCUUGACAAAAUUAUUGUUCACCCCUAUUACAAUUGGCAAUCAAACCUUAACCGUGACAUUGCAUUGUUGCAUACGACGACCCCUAUUCCUUUCAAUGAUUAUAUAUCACCCAUCUGUCUACCAUCAAAAGAAGUUGCCAUUAGUUUGCUACGCACUCAUCAUAUGGGUAGGGUCACAGGCUGGGGAAACCUGGCAGAAUCCUUUGUGAACAUUAAUUCCGUAAAAGCUCAGGAGCUACAGCAGAUCCAUCUCCCCAUUGUUGACCAAGAAAUAUGUAAGAGCUCCACCAGCAUUAAAGUGACAAGUAACAUGUUCUGUGCAGGCUUCAGUCCAGAAUCUGAUCGGCGUGGAGAUGCCUGUGAAGGUGACAGCGGAGGCCCAUUCGUAAUGAAGAAUCCUGACGAUAACCGGUGGUACCUGAUUGGGAUCGUUUCUUGGGGAGAAGGCUGCGACAGAGAUGGAAAAUACGGAUUUUAUACUCAUGUAUUUAAGUUAAAGAGAUGGUUGAGGAAGAGUAUAAGGAAUUUCAUGACUCACAGUUAAAGGUUGUAGUGUUCUGCUGUGAAGAGGUUAUGGUUAUUUUCUGAUGUUCACUGAGAAAAUUGGGAACAAAAUGUGAUGUUUUUAAACUAAUGAAUCAAACAUUGCCAAGCUUGAAUUAGUUUUCAAUGUGUAUGAAAUAAAACCAUAACCAUAAUAGAUCAAGUUUUCUUCCUGUCACAGUUCUUAUUUAUUUUUCCUUGUCUGUUUGUCAUGCAAUUUUCUGCUUCUUCACUUAGUUAAUGAUUAACUCAUUCAACAACGAUAUCUUUUUCAGUAUAGAUAUGGCGGUUCAUAAAAGUUAAACAAAUACAUAGGCACAAAGGUGAAGCUCCUGCACAUUUUUCAGGCUUGCUCUCCUUUCUCACACAGUGGAUUCCAGUUCAUUGGGCCAUCAGUAAAUCAGGGCAACCAUUUAUUUGGUACUACUCACAGAACAAAAACUAAAUUGAGAAAAUAGCCGGGAUUCCCUUCACUUGUUGGGACAUUCUGCCACUAAAUUGGGGCAGGAGACCGCUGGCAAACAGUUUCUAACUAGUGUCAGUGACAUACACUUGCACGGCCACUAGGCACUAUUUUGCAUUUAGAACGAUUGUUUUUUAAUAGUGUCAGUUGCUUGUGUUUGUGUUUAAAAGUAACGAUUUGUCUCACUGAUGGUUGGUGAGAAAUAAGCAGUGAGACAAUUCAGAACUGUGUUUGCUCAUCGUGGUCUCAAGCAUUCAGGCUUGCCAGAAACACCCUGGAGUGAAAAUGAAGUGAUUUCACUUCUUCAAGUUAAUCAUCUUGAAUGUUACAAUGAAAAUGAAGAUUUAGAGGGUACAAUCAUCUAAAGGUUUAUAUGAAGGCAGUCCAUUAUCUGCACCAGGUGUCUGCACUGAUUUUGUUCAUUUACAGUCAUUCCAACUAUUAGGAACUAAUACAGUUUUAUAGUACUGUAGAGUUAUUGGUAGUAUUGUAAUUUGGCCUGUAUUUCACUUAAAUACAAAAAUUGUUACUCAGUGAAACAGUAGUUUGUCUUUUUUAUACCUUUUAACUAUUUCCAUGAAACUUCAGUUAAUUGUGGCAACCACUUAAUUGGGCCAAAAUGUCGUGGUUCUGAUCUGUCCCAGUUAACUGGAAUCCACUGUAUUUGCCAAGCAAAAUAACACAAAUUGAAUUACAGGAAAGAGGCCAAAAUUCCAACUUUACAUGCGACAGAAUUACGAUACAAGUAAUGUUCCCAAAACAUUGCUGUUUUAUAGUGGGAAGAAGUUCAGUAUUUCCUCAAUGUAAAAAAAUAAGAAUACAGCUGAACUGUUUACUUGUCCACCUUGUCACCUUAAGUCCAGUGGUCUAAGCAGUAAAGGUACUCAACAUAUGAGCAUCCGUAACAUUGAAGCAAUUUAGCGGAGAAUUCCGAACAUUCCAAUAGACAGAUUUUCUCCUUUCAGGAUGGCCUUCCCUCCCAACCCCCAAUCGCACAAUCCCUAAUAAUCUGUCUGCCUCAUUUCUAAGACAAACGUUUAAUUUCUACCACAGUAGUAAUUUUUUUUUCAGGCUGUUUUUUCUUUCCCACUCUUUUGCUUCCUAAACCAACUCUUUUGCAUUUUGUAUUCCAGUUUCCAUCUUCUACACCCAUAAUUCCCUCAAUGCUCAUCUUUUACAAAAGUGACUGCUUCCUGUUCUUAGCUGUUAGCAUUUUACCAUGAACAUCCAAUCCCACCUCUAUUUUCCUCCGGGACCCCACACCUCUUUCAUUGGCUGAUUAUGUUCUUAUAUUAAAGAAAUUUCCCCAACUCGUUCAUUCCUUUAAAUAAUGGGUUGCUGCUGGAACCCAAAUAGGUCCUGGCUAUGCCUGACUAAAUAAGGUUAUUAGAAUCUCAAUUAACCAGACAUAGCCAGGAAUAUUUGGAUUCCUGCAGUGACACCAUAUUUUAAUCUCUCGCCCAUUGCUUGUAUUUAUAAAAGACUCAAAUCAACGCAGCUCCUAUUCCUAAAGACCUGCAAGGUAUCGGCUUCCAUAGCAAACCUUAUCCUUAUUUUGGAUUCCUUUCAAAUUCUUAGAUUUGACUGUAUUCUUAUAACUGUGCAUGGAACAUUAUGUCCACAUAGUUUUAUAGCCAUCUUCAGAUUCCUUUGUUCCUACCAAGGACUGUGCCUCAUCCUCGCAGUUUAUCAAUGCUUCAAUGAUACAAACUUCCUAUCAUCUUCCUUUCUCACCAUUAGGGAUUCACCUGCAUCAGUUGACAAGGCCUUUGAUCAUAUCCAUUACUUCUAGUGACUCUCAAUCCUUCUCUUCUGCUUUGAACUAUAAUAGGACUCUUCACAUUUUUAGCUUAAAUUUCAGUAGACUAUCUGUUGAUACUCCAAAGCAGCAUCCCUUUUUGCCUUCCAAACAUACAAGACCCCAAGACAUAGGAGCAGCAUUAGACCAUUCAGUCUCUUGACUCUGCAAUGACAUUCCAUCAUGGCUGAUUUAUUAUUCCUCUCAACUCCAUUCUCCUGCCUCCUCCCCACAACCUUUGAUGUUCUGACUGAUCAAGAACCCUUCAACCUCUGCCUUAAAUAUAUUCAAUGUCUUGGCCUUCUAGUUGGCUGUGGCAAUGAACCCCAUUUUCACCACUCUCUGACUAAAGCAAUUCCUCCUCAUCUGUUCUAAAUGGUGUCCCUCUAUUCUAAGACUGUCCCCUCUGGUUCUAGCCUCACCCACCAUAGGAAGUAUCCUCCCCACAUCCACUCUAUCUUGACUUUUCAGUAUUCAAUAGGUUUCAAUGAGAUUCUCCCCCUCCUCUACCCCUCCUAUUUUACUAAACUCCAGCAAGUAUAAGACAGGAGUCAUCUUAUAGUCCUCAUAUGUUGAUCCUUUCGUUCCCAAAAAAAUUUUCAUGAACCUCCUCUGGACCCUUUCCAAUGCCAGCACAUCCUUUCUUAUAUAAGGGGCACAAAACUGCUCAUAAUACUUCAAAUGUGCUCUGACCAAUGCCAUAAGACCAUAAGGUGUAGGAGCAGAAGCAGGCCAAUCGGCACACCGAGUCUGCUCUGCCAUCCAAUCAUGGGCUGAUCCAAUUCUUCCAGUCAUCCCCCCCUUUUGCUUUCCACAGGAUCACUCCCUACACAACUCCCUUGUCCAUUCGUCCCCCCCCCCCAUCCCUUCCCACUGAUCUCCCUCCUGGCACUUAUCUUUGUAAGUGGAACAAGUGCUACACCUGCCCUUACACUUCCUCCCUCACCACCAUUCAGGGCCCCAGACAGUCCUUCCAGGUGAGGUGACACUUCACCUGUGAGUUGGCUGGUGUGGUAUACUGCGUCCGGUGCUCCCGGUGUGCCCUUUUAUAUAUUGGUGAGACCCGACGCAGACUGGGAGACCAUUUCGCUGAACACCUACACUCGGUUUGCCAGAGAAAGCAGGAUCUCCCAGUGGCCACACAUUUUAAUUCCACGUCCCAUUCCCAUUCUGAUGGCCUCCUCUGCUGUCAAGAUGAAGCCACACUCAGGUUGGAGGAACAACACCUGAUAUUCCGUCUGGGUAGCCUCCAACCUGAUGGCAUGAGCACUGAUUUCUCUAACUUCCAUUAAUGCCCCUCCUGACCUUCUUACCCCAUCUUUUAUUUAUUUAUUUAUUUAUUUGUUUGUUUGUUUAUUUAUUAUUCUCGCUCCUUCCCUCCCCUCCCUUUUUUCCUCUCUCUCUGCUCCUCUGACAAUCACUCUGCCUGUUCUCCAUCUCUCUGGUGCUCCCCUCCCCCUUUCUUUCUCCCUGGGACUCCCAUCCCAUGACCCUUUCCCUUCUCUAGCUGUGUAUCCCUUUUGCCAAUAAACUUUCCAGCUCCUCCCCCUCGUGCCUUCUCCUAUCAUUUCAGAUUUUCCCUUCCCCUUCCCACUUUCAAAUCUCUUACUAUCUUUUCUUUCAGUUAGUCCUGACAAAGGGUCUCAGCCCAAAACGUCGAUGGUACUUCUUCCUAUAGAUGCUGCCUGGCCUGCUGCGUUCCACCAGCAUUUUGUGUGUGUUGCACAGCGUGAAAUAGAUCAGUUGCAGGUAUGGGCAGAUAAAUGUCAGAUGAAGUUUAAACCAGACAACUGUGAGGUGUUGCAUCUUGAUAGGGCAAAUGGAAGAAGACAGAUCACUGUUAAGGGCAAGAUUCUUAACAGUGUUGCUGACCAGAGAGAUUGUGGGGUCCAAAGUUAUAGCUCCAUUGAAGUGGCUACAGGGGUUGAUAGGGUGCUUAAGAAAUUUUAUGGGAUGCUUGCUUUUAUUAGUGGAUGUACUGAGUUCAAGUGCCAAGAAAUAUUUUGCAACUUUAUAAAACUCUGGUGUAUUGUGUGCAGUUCUGGUCACCCCAGUAUAGGAAGGAUGUUGAGGCUUUGGAGAGAGUGCAGAAGAGAUUUACCAGGAUGCUGCUUGGUUCGGAGGGCAUCGGCUAUCCUGAAAGGCUAGACAAACUUCGGUUGUUUUCUCUGGAGUGGUGGAGGCUGAGGGGAGAUCUGAAAGAGACUUAUAAGAUUAUAAGGGGCAUGAAUAGAGUAGACAGUGAGUAUCUUUUUUCAAGUAGAAAUGAUUAAUACCAAAGAGCAUCCAUUUAAGGUUCAAAGGGGAUGUGAGGGGGAAAGUUUUUCUUUACUCAGAGUCAUAGAGACUGGAAUGUGUUGCCUUGUAUGGUGGUAGAGGCAAGUACGUUAGAGGCUCUUAAGAGAUAUUUAGAAGGUAGAUGAAUGUCAGGAAGAUGGAGUGAUAUGGACAUAGUGUAAGUUGGAGGGAUUCAUUUUUGGGGGUUAUUUACUUUUUAGCUGGUCCGGCACAACACUGUGGGCUGAAGGGCCUGUUCCUAAGCUGUACUGUUCUAUAUUCUAGACUUUUAGACCUUUUGGCUCUCUUCCAGGGAAGCUGAGACCUAUACCAAUGAGACAGUUUGCACCUAAACUGGAGGAGGACUAAUAUCCUAGUGGGGGCAAGGGGGUUUAAACUAGAGUCGCAGGGAGUUGGGAACCAGAGUCUCAAAACAGAUAGUGGAAAGGUUGUGGAGACAGAUACUGUAGACACAAGUUGUUCAGACCUCAGACAAAGUCAGGAAUCAAAAGGUACAGCAUGGUAGGAUUAAUAUCCUGAGCUGCAUACAUCUCAAUACAAUUAUCAUAGGAAAGGCAGAUGAGCUCAGGGCAUGGAUCAACACAUAGAAUUAUGAUAUUGUAGCCAUAUAGUGAGACUAGGUUGCAGGAGGAGCAGGACUGGCAGCUCAAGAUUCCAUGGUUCUGUUGUUUUAGACACAAUAAACAGGGAGGGAUAAAAGGAGGAGUGGCAUUACUAAUCAGGGAAAAUAUCACAACAGUGCUCAGACAGGACAGAUUUGAGAACUCGUUAUGGGUGGAACUGAGGAAUGAGAAAGGUGCAAACAUAUUACAGCUAUAUGACAGGCAACCAACAGUCCGCAGAUUUAGAAGAACAAACUUGUAGAGAGAUCACAGACUGUUGCAAGGUUGCUACAAUAGGUGAUUUUGCAAGAGAACACCUAAGAAAGCAGGAGGGCUAAAAGGUUCAGUCACUCGGCAUUCAAGGAAAGGUUGUAAAUUGAAUUAGACAUUGGCUUUUGGGGAAAGAAUGGCAGUAGAUGGUUGCCUCUCUGACUGGAAGCCUGAGACUAGUGGAGUACUGCAGAGAUCAGUGCUGGGUCUGCUGUCAUUUGUCAUCAAUUUCAGUGAUCUGGAUGGUAAUGUAGUUAACUGGAUCAGCAAAUUUGCAGUUGACACCAAGAUUAGUGUGCAGCGGACAGAGAGGAAGACAAUCAGAGCUUGCAGAGAUAUCACAGAGAGAGCUGUAAAGAAAACUUUUGGCACAUUGGCCUUUAUAAAUCAAAGUAUUGAGUAGAGGAGAUGAGCUGUUACAGUAUGUUGAAAUUGUGUAAGACAUUGGUGAGACCUAAUUUGGAGCAUUGUGCACACUUUUGGCCAUGUACCUACAGGAAAGAUAUAAAGUUAAGAGUACAGAGAAAUUUUACAAUAAUGUUCAGACUGAAGGACCUGAGUUAGGAGUGUAAUGCCCUAGUUCACAUUUUUAGGCAUUUCAUUUAGCAGUUCUGUAAGAGCAGUCUGUUCUGCUUUCAGCCUGUUUAGGUUAUUGUUGAAGAUGUGGAAUGUGUGCCAUCCAGUUAGGGGAAGGUUUACUUGGUGAGGGACACCAAGGUAGGUCUUGAUGUGAUUUUUUGGUUUGGCAAGAGAUGAAGAGAGAAGAUGCUGGGGAGAACCGCUCUCAGGGUAUGAUCUGGUAGGAGACCCAUUUGUCCCAGAUGGAUCGCAAGCAACGUUUGGAAGGUGGUGUGUGCUUUUACGCUGACCAAGGGCCCAGCAUGUGAAUGACAGAGAAGUUCAAGAUGAGCUCCAACUUGUGCACAUUUGACUGUUUAAUUAAAAUGGGUCCUUUUCUUUUUGUUUUUCUUUACUAACUUUUUAGUUAAGGUUCAUAAAUAUAAUUCCUUUAAUCACAUGCAGUGCACUGUCUUGUUUCAUGGCACUAAUUUGUAACAGGGUAGCAAAUUACAUUGCAUCCACACAAACCAGGGUUUGGGGUGGGAGAGCUGCUUCAGUCUCAUGACUGUGACAGGAUCAGAAUUUUCCCUGGGCUUACACAACCAAGGACACCAGGGGUUUCAUAAGGAAAGAUUGAAUAGGUUGGGACUUUAUUCCUUGGAACAUAGAAGACUGAGAUAUUUGAUAGAGAUAUACAAAAAUUAUGAGAGGCAUAGAUAGGGUAAAUGCAAGCAGGCUUUUUCCACUGAGGUUGGGUGAGACUACAGCUAGAGGACAUGUAUUCAGGGUGAAAGGUGAAGAGUUUAAGGAGAAUAUGAGGGGAAACCUCUUCACAUACAGGAUCAUGUGAAUGUGGCACAUGCCAGCUUGUCUUAUCUUAAACAUUUAAGUUUUGAUAGGCAUACAAAUGUAGGGGCAUUGAGGACAAUGGUACCAGUGCAGGUUAAUUGUAGUAGGCAGUUUAAAUGGUUCAGCACAGACUAGAUGGGGCAAAGGGUCUGUUGCUGUGAUGUUCUCUUCAGGCAAGAGUUGCACUUAAGGAAGCUAUGCUGACUAUGGCCUCCUUUACCAUAUUCCUCCACGUACUCCAAGACAUCAGUGUUGUAGGCCAAAUCAAAGGUGGUGACUAAUCAGCAUAUAGGAAUGAGAUUGAAAAUCUGGUUGAGUAAUGCCAUAGUAACAACAUUUUACUCAAUGUCAGCAAGACGAAGGAGCUGAUUAUUGACUUCAGGGGGUUGAAACCAGAAGUCGAUUAGCCAGUCCUCAGAGAUGGAGAGGGUCAGCGACUGUAAAUUCCUCAGUGUUCAUAUUUCACAAAUGCAAUUCCGAAGAACCUCCACUUUCUUAGAAGUUUGUGAAGAUUUGGUAUGACAUAGAAGUUUGACAAACCUCUAGAUGUUUAGUAGAGUAUAUUGAUUGCCUGCAUCACAGCCUAGUAUGGAAACAGCGAUGUUAAGGAAAUAGAUGAUUAAAUUAUCACAGAUUACAAUAAAAUAAGUAGACUAUAAAUGAUUGUAGUGAAUUGAAAUUAAAAAAAGUAGUAAAAUUAAUGGGAUUUUAAAGUGCCUUCACCUCUUCCAUGAAGAUCAAUGCCCUUGAAAGGAAAAUCCUACUAAAAGUAGUGGAUACAACCCAGUACAUUACAGAUAAAGUCCUCCCUACCAUUGAAUAUAUAAAAAUAUAUAUAUACACACACAUACACACACGAAACAUUGGCGCAGAAAAGCAGCAACAUCAUUCAGAAUAUGCUCUCUUCUCACUGCUGUUAUCAGGAAGGUGGUACAGGAGACUCAGCAAUCACACCACCAGGUUCAGGAAUGCCUCAACCAUCAGGCUCUUGAACCAAAGGGGGCAACUUCAUUGCCCCAUCAUUGAAAUAUUUCCACAACUUAUGGACUCACUUUCAAGGCCUCCUUAUCACAAGUUCUCAAUAUCUAUUCUUCAUUAUUAUUACUUUUUUUGUAUUUGCUGUUUGUUGUCUCUUGCACUCUGGUUGAAAACCCAGGUAGAGGUGAUGUUUCAUUAAUUCUAUUAUGGUUAGAUUCUAUAAUGGAUUUAUUUAAGCAUGUCUUCAAGAAAAUGAAUCUUGGGUUGUAUAUGUGGCACAUGCAUUUUGAUAAUAAAUGUACUUUGAAUUU